AUGGUCGUCCUGGCAGCCUCGAUAUGUACCCGCGGCGGGAAAGCCGUGCUUUCACGGCAAUUUCGCGAAAUUCCAAGGUCCCGGAUUGAAGCCUUACUGGCGUCGUUCCCCAAACUUGCUGAUUCCGGGACCCAGCAUACUACCGUCGAGCAAGAUAAUGUCAGAUUCGUGUACCAACCCUUGGACGAACUCUACAUUGUUUUGAUAACGAACAAGCAAUCAAACAUCCUCCAGGAUAUUGACAGCCUACAUUUGUUCGCUCAAGUGGUUACCAAUAUCUGCAAGAGUCUUGACGAACUUGAGAUUUUGCGCAAUGCCUUUGAACUCCUUUCCGCCUUCGACGAAAUCGUUACACUGGGAUACCGUGAGAACCUUACCUUGUCCCAAAUUAAAACAUUCCUCGAAAUGGAAAGCCAUGACGAGCGCAUAUCUGAGAUUAUAGAGAGAAAUAAAGAGCUCGAGGCGAGCGAAGAGCGAAAGAGAAAAGCAAAACAGCUCGAGAUGCAACGCAGGGAGGCCGCACGUUGGAGUAAAGGAGCAGCAGUGCGACCCCCUUCAUACCCAGUCUACAACCAACCUGCACGACCCUCAAUCCCAGACACCAUUGACAGCUACGAAGCAGAGAAAAAGAAAACAUUUGCCAAGCCUCUUCCCUCCAGGAGCAAAGGAAUGCAACUUGGUAAAAAGUCUAAGACCACUGAUAUCUACGAAAAAGUCCGCGGUGAUUUGGGCCCUGAAGCAGAAGCGACGCCCCUUAUUUCAGCUACACCUACGUCUGCUGCUGCUUUGGAUGCUCCUCCAUCUAGACUAUCUCUUUCUGCCGAUCGCGAGCCAGUACAUAUUACCGUGGCUGAAACUGUAUCUGCAAAAUUAUCUCGAGAUGGUGCCAUGAAAUCUUUCGAAGUAAAAGGAGACUUGCAGCUACGAAUUUCUGACCCAUCAUUCACCAAGUUGAAACUCGAUCUCAAAGCCAACCCAAGCCACGGGGCACAGUUCCGCACUCAUCCUAAUGUGGACAAAGCCCUCUUUGCUAGCACAAAAUCUAUCCAGCUUAAAGAUACAUCAAAACGUUUUCCAGCGAACAACUCUAUUGGCGUUUUACGAUGGCGUGUCGCCAGUAAUGAUGAUACUGAUUUACUACCUAUUACUUUCACUGUUUGGAUCAACAAAGGGUCGGAUUCUACAACGAUGACAAUUGAAUACGAACUUACAGGAUCUGAGAGCCUACGAGACGUUGUCGUCACAAUUCCAUUUCAAACAGCCGAGCCCAAUAUCUCUAGUUUUGAUGCAGUAUACGAGGUGUCUGGGGAUAGUAUAGACUGGAAUAUUGGAAAUAUAGACGAGUCGAACAACUCCGGCAGUUUCGAAUUCGAGUCUACCAACCCCGGUGGCGAUGAGAAUGAAUUCUUCCCAAUGAGUGUUCGCUUCAGCAAAGAUGCGCCUUUCGUGGAUGUUGAUGUCCUUAAUGUUUCUUUGAUGGAAAUGGAGGGUGAGGGAGUUAAUUUUUCUAAAGACAUAAAAUGUAUCGCAGAAGGCUAUAUCAUUGAGUAA